AUGAGUGAAGAUAACUACUACCUCGCGCUCCCCUGUCCGAUGUGGACAAGGACUAGGCCCUCGUUCAUGGAAGACACUUUUUGCGGACUGUCCGUUGAGCUCACGAAUCGGCUGGGUGCGUGGCGUUUCAGGAGGUGGUGGGCGCAGAGCUUGAACGUCUUCUCACUUCUCACACUACCUCCGAGAAUUGUUGCUCACUGCAUCGACGAAGAUUUCGACAUUCUCGUUCGAGUCUCGACGUUUUCUCCGCGUUCACCAUGCACCUCAUGCGGGGCUCCCCCGACCGCGCUCGCACUUCCCCGAGUUGGAGGAGGGCGCUCUCGACCGUUAUGCGAACCUACAUCCCGUCAGACGACUGUGCUCGACCUCGGCAACAACGUGAAUGACGCGCCCAUCUUCCGAAAACGACUUCCAAGAACGCCAACACGACACUCGCCCCCCUCAGCGUAUUUCUCAAUGCAUCGUGGUUAUACGAACCUGUUUAUCUAUUCGCGCGCCGGCGACGCCCCUCCCCAGGCAACGAUCAUAUCACAGCCUGGAGCUCGCUCAUAA